GCUCACGCAAAACAUAGAGCCGAAAACCCAAAACAACCAAGUCAGUAGCUCUUGCAAGAAAAUUAACAUUAGACACAAUGGCAAAAACACAAAAAUUAGCUGCACUGCUGCUUGCCAUUGUAGUUGCCCUCGCUACAAUGGAAGGCGCCCAUGCCAUCUGCGGGAUGGCGAACGAGGACUUCAAGCUGUGCCAGCCGGCGGCGGCCGUGAAUGACCCGACCGACAACCCGUCGGCGGAGUGCUGCGCCGCCCUUGGUAAGGCCGACCUGGGAUGCAUCUGCCGCUACCGGGGCGUCGCCGGCAUAUGGAUGAGGAUCUACCACAUCGACCCCAGCCGCGCCAUGGCGUUGCCGGGCAAGUGCGGCCUCACCAUGCCAAACAACUGCUCGUGAUGCCAUGCUCGAGUCUAUGAUCGCAUUCCCGCAAAAAAAAGUCUAUGAUCGUACAUCGUGCAUCCAUAUGACUAGCUUAAUAAGCGGAAGUGCGUGAAAGGCCUUGUGUGCUAGUGUUAUAGUGCCUGUGCUGAAAUAUUUAAAGUUGUUUUGAUAUGAAAGUGUGUGCAGAAGUGCACGACGUUUGUUGUCUAUCAGUUCAUAAUGUUAAGUGUAAGACUUAUGCUGAAAUUAUUAAAAUUUCUUUCA